UGUUGUGUCGUGUGUUGCCACUUGUGUUUUACCGAGUGAAAACUUCUACGCGAGGAACUCCUCAAGAUGGCGGCCUUUAUUGCCAAACAGAUGAUGGGGAGCCAACUCAAUGCUGUUAAAGUGAUCUAGUGAAGGGAAGGCGACCGCUACUUCUUCCGCGCCUGCGUCUGCUACCUGUGUGUGUGUGUGUGUCAUUUCCGACUGCUAGCGUCCCCUCAGCUCAUGCUCUACUGCUUUCAUUGGUUUCUCUUGUGGACCUCAACACCUCAGCGUGUCCACUCCCUCUUCAAAAUUUUUACUCUCUUCUAAUAAAUCUACAAAUUAAUUUGACACACACACAAUCACCAAGGUCAAACCUCCUUAUCCUUCUCCAAGACACUUAGCUUCCGACACCCCAUCUAUCUACAAGCAAAGACUUCAACACUCAACGUCUUCAUCAUGUUUGGAAUGCUGAAUCCCGUCAGUGCCGUGACCAGCCAGCUACCCGGCGGCGGUGACGGUGGGGAUGAAGGUGACAAGGAGAAGGAGGAAGAGGCAGAGAGAGAGCGUCUGGAGGCCAUCAGGGAGGCUGAGGAUAGGCGUAAGGAGAAGCACCGCAAGCUUGAGGAGGAGCGAGAAGGCAUGAGACAAGGCAUCAGGGACAAGUAUAACAUCAAGAAGAAAGAAGAGGUGAUGCCAGAGGAACCCCAAAUGCCAGAUAACCCGCUCAUGAGGAAGAAGAAGACACCCGAGGAACUUGCUGCAGAAGCCGAGGCCGAAGAUCAGGAUGACUUUACGAAGUUGAAAAACACCAUAGAAACACAAAUAAAUGAAGUGAAACAGCAAAUAGAAGAAAAAUUUCACAUUCUUAGCGGUGGCAAGUGCGUCCUGCAGUAAGGGUCUCCUCAGGCUACCCUGUGGGUCCUCCCGCCGCUAUGCAACAUGAAAGGCCUACAACCGUCUCCUUUCUUGGGCGACGACUUUACCACUAUCUCUCUCUACCCCUGGCUGCGGUACUCCUGUCUUCUCCUCCGGGCUGAACAACUGCACCAGAGUUCAUUGUAUUCUAUCAGCAACAACAACCAGAUUUGUUUCCAACUUUUUAGAGUUUGAAGCGAACAUUUCAUGAACAUUCAUAUAAGGUACAAUAUAAGACCUCUAGUGACAGCAAGCUAGUCCACCAUAGCUUGGCCUAAGACUGCCACCACCAUCUUAGAAAAAUAAUGUUGACAUACUGGAAGACUUUGACAGUCAGGAAAGUAAUGGUAUUUAAUCUGUUUAUGUUGCAAAUACCCAAUUGAUACAUUGCUAAUCCUUUUCGUUAAGAAGAAAAACGAACAUAUGAGUGCAGGAGAAAAAUGUUUCGACUUUAUUUCCUCGCUUGUCAUCUGGUUAUGAGUAAAUUAUUCAACAGUAGGAAUGCUGUGUAGCUGAUUCACGAAGACCUGAGUUCUCAGUGCACUUUCACUUGCCUUCCUACAGAAAAAAAAAAUCUAUUUAUAAGAGCCUUUACUUGAAAGUGAUUUUGUAUAUAGUAUCCCCUUUCUUACAAGUGCUACCAAAUGGUAAAGUGAGAUCGUUAAACAAUGUACCCUUUUCAUAUAGGAAGUUUUACUCAUGUCAGGUCAGAGAGGCAGAUGGUAAAAGAUGCUCGCUGGUGCGGCAGCUGCUUCUUCAUCGUCACUAGCGUCACCACCAAUAGUUUCGAGCCAUGUUCUCCAGUCUGGUCAAGUUUAGAUAGCGAAUCAAGUUUUACGUGUUCAAAAUUUAGACGUAAGAGAGGUGGAUGCGUACAAUUUUUCAAGUAGACUUAUCCAGCCGACAUCUUUGUCCAUGGUGCCUGCUGCCCGCCUUCCCUUGGUUGAGCAGACCCCUAUGGUGUGGUGCCCCGCCCGGAGGCGAGGACGGGCACUACCGCGCCAGCUUCUAAGUUCAAGUUGUUACCGAGGUGUAACCCAACUUAAUCGUCGAUCAUCGAAAUCUCCGUUCGUCUAGCUUGUUUAUUACCAGUGUGUUAAUGAAGUUGAGGUUACGUUGUACUUAUGAAAUUAAGGAUAUGUUAAGGUCAGGGCAUUUGACUGCAUGUAGAAGCAACUAGCCUAUGUCUGUUUGUCAUUGCUGGAUUUGCACUUCUCAUGAUUGGUCAAAACAGGUCUGUUUUACAGCGUCUGUUGAAUCACCACUUAAUUUAGAUUUUUCCAACUUCAGGGUAUGACAUUUCAGUUACUUCCGUGCAAUACAUUUGACUACUAAACUAUUAGAUGUUUCAAAACUUUACUCAUGCAAUAAAAUUGUCUUAUAAAAAAAAGUAGACAAAUCUCUAAACACACACACACACACACACACACACACACACACACACACACACACACACACACACACACAUACACACAUACACACACACACAUACACACACACACACACACACACACACACACACACACACACACACACACACACACACACACACACACACACACAUACACACAAACACACACGAUGAGAUAACUAAAUAUAGUUUCAAAGGUAACUCUAGGUAAUUUUGGACAUGUCUAUGCUCGCAAAGUGUCAAGUAUGAGUUACCCUUCAUGCUUUGGGGAAAUUUUUCUGUGGUAAUAACAUUCAUGACUCUUUCAAUGGCAAAACUUCGGUUCGAAAAUAUAACGUAAAUAGUUCAAACUGAGUUGAUAUUCAAUAACAGUAUUUGUUUCGUUUGGCCUCAUGCAUGAGUGGAAUCCACCAACACUUGUCACCGGGAGCAUACACAUCUACCAAUAAGCCUGAUUAGAUUCUUCCUCUCGUAACAUUCAUGAUGCAGUUUACUACCAAGGGUGAUGAGAAGGAGACUGCCCCACCAAAAAUGUGACUCCAAAAGCAAUUGAUUUUACAGUACUGUCAAAUGUGUUGUGCAGCGAGAGUCUCGAGGCCAUACUCCCUCCCUCUGGCGGUGCCCUGUGCCGUGGCCAGCCACCCGAGGGAGAGAGGAGCUUCGUGGCACUCUUCUCGUGUCCGUGGAAAUCUGAGUAUAUUGUCUCUUAAUUUCAUGAUGUUUAAAAGACGAUUUUUUGUGUAUUAUCUUGUUUGUUUAAAUCAUGUAUAUGUUGUGUAUAUAAGACGUGUGACCUUGGCGGCUAAAAUGCUACUACGAUUCUCACUUGACGGGAGAGACGGUUUGUCAGAAACCCACAUUCAUGCUACUUUGACUCCGCAAUUACUUCAAAAACUUAUUGUGUUUCAGUAUAAAGAGAUAAAACCUCAUCUUUUAAUCACAGAAAAAAAUACAUUCAAUGGAGUUCAAUAUAAAUUGCUGUCUAUCUUUAGAAAAAGAAAAAUUGUAAGAUAACGCGUUGUAAUUGUUCUUCAAUGUAAUUUUGCACUUUGGGGGAAGCAAGCGUCCGUACUUGAUGCAUAUUUCCGAUCCUUUUUAAUAGAUUUUACAUUUGCCUUAAGUCACUUCUUUGUUCUGUAUAGGUAGGUUGGUGAGAACCAGCAUCCAAGGUUGGCCAGAACGUGUGUGCGUGUGUGUGACGAUGUAUCGUGAACAAAACUACAUCCAAUUGUGAUUAACAGGCGUCAGUCUUGAAACCAAUAUUCAUCUUGAGAUAUAAGUCUUUAUGCAUAUGUAUAUUGCUAUGUUUACGUGCAAAUAUACAUAUACUGUACCCAUACGUGAUGUAAUGUUGCCAAGUAUCAAACACUGCAAGUUUCCCGAUUCCGACUUUAGCCACCUCGUUGGUGUGUCCCUCUCUGCUCUUAGGCCGCUCCGGACUCGGACAACAUGCAGUGUCGUCGUGGUGUGUGUUGUCUAUAUGUAUAUAUACUAGCUUCACCUAGAUGUGUUUAUAGCUUUGUUCGAAUCUCUGAUGCUCUUGUGAGAAGUAUGGCCAAUGAGGUACAUGCAUAAUGAAUGAGUAGUACGUAAGUCAUGGCUUCCUUCACAGUAAAUAUUUUCCUGAGAUUAAAUUUUCUGAAAUAUAUGUAUACAAAGGGAAGUUUGAUGUCAGGGCACCAUGAAGGGGAGCAACACUAGUGCACAUAAAGUAAUCUUUAGGUGAUAGAGGCCGAUACUUGGCGCAUGAUGAACCAAAGUUGACGAGGCCGAGGUGGCCGCCGCUCGUCGCUGCGCGCUGACUGGACCUGCGCAGCGAGGGGCAGGGCAGGCUGUUCCACUUUUGGGCUGACUCACCUCGAAAACCACUUCAUUUCGCUGAUUCUCACUUCCUUCCGAAACACUGUCACACACUAUUCCUAAAAUCUAGGCAGACAUGUCCCAGAGCAGGCUCCGAACCAUGGUGAGAAAUAAGUUUUGGACCAGAAUACCAGGAAGCCCAGGCGAAGGAGAACAGGUAGCAGAAGCUCUUGGGCUCUGACAGCCCCAUCCUCUCCCUGGUAGAUUUGAUAAAGUAACAAGUGAAGUUUGAGCACGAUACAUCAUUGUCGUCACGCACCAAAGUGGAGUAUGCGUUACGUCUGGCAACAACAUAAAUCAAAAUAACCAAGCGACUUAUACUGUUAGUGUAACAUUUAGCAAUCAACAUGUACAUUAUAUUACAACAAUGAUUAUUUUUCUUAAUCUUAGUAUGAGUUUUAAAAGUCUUGCUUGAAAAGUAUAAAAAAAUGCGCGUAACAAUACGUAGAUCAAAGGGAUUUAUCAAUUGAGUAAAAUUAAUAAGAUUGAACAGCAGAUGGAGUCCUGCAACGCGUCUCCUCCGUGAAAAGAGAAAAUAAAUUUGUAGACUUUUGCUUACUGAAGCCAGAAUCAUACCCUAAAUUACUUUUUCAUCUAGACAAGUUGUUCUGACCCUUGUUGUUAACUACCGUUGUUGUUGAUUUGAUAGCCAGAUACUACUAGCGAAUUAUGGUUGUUAGUCAUUGUAAUCCGGUAGGAACUACACGAGUUAACUCUCUCUCUCUCUCUCUCUCUCUCUCUCUCUCUCUCUCAUGACUUCCUCAGUUGGAUUUCUCCUCUGAUUUCUCUCUCCACUCCUUGCUUUCUUCCUUCCUUUACCUCCUUCUGACUACCACCCUCCACCCCUCUUCCUCAUAUGGUGAGCUCUCGCUUAGGGCAAAAUCUAUAGCCUUGUAGUAACAUUCUCUGGAUGCUCCAUUUGACCUUUUCACGAUCUCUACCAUUCCUUAUUGGGAAAGAAAUUUCAAAUAAUGCGAUGCUACUAAAAAUAAUACAUAUAAGAAAUAAUUGCGGAAUAUCAUAAAUUAUGUAUAAGACGUAUAUGCUUAUAAGCUACUUUGCCUUCUUCAGGAGCUCACUGUAUUUCUUUAGUCCCUAGAAAGCCAAUUAGAAUGUUGUUGUGUGUAACAGCGCCAUUCUCACUGGCUGUUAAUGUCUUGAGUAUAGGAACGGUAUGUGUCCAGGACGGAUGUUCUUACCUGAUUUAUAAACAUUUAUGUACAUGUCUUGUGGACCGUAUCGUCUUAGGAAUGAAACAAUGAUAUAACUGAUUAACUAAAUGAUAACAAAACCGUAGAUAAUAAUACCCGUGGCAGGAUAAAAGUGUUUGUUAUCUGGCCUGAGUGGAACCUAACACGGUCUCACGAGGGUCCUCAAGACCGAGCCGUGCACAAUGCGAUGACUAACGCUUCAUUAACACCAGGAAGGAAUUUUUUCAAUGUCAGGUUAAUUUCUGGGGGUUAAGAGUAAUCACGAUGCUAUCGAGGGUAAAUCGUUGUAAGGAAGAAAGGUUUUAAUGCCUGGUACCGACCUGGAUAGGAUAUUCCUUCAGACCAGUGAGGGCUGUAGGAACACUGCUGCCUGGGCGGUGCAGGUCAUGUCUCCUGUCUUCCCGUGAAGCGACAAGGCUCGUCAUUUAUUCCGUGCAUUUACGAUGCUACCUUCCAGUUGAACCGAAAGAAGCAAUGGUGAUACAUAUAAAAAGCAAAAUCUGAAAAAAAGUAACACAACGCAACCUUUAUAUUCUUCCUUAGCCAGCACUCGCCUCACUCUGCUCUCACAGCUCACACCACCAACACAGGUCUUGGGGUCUGCUAUGCCUGCUGUAUGGAAAGAUAAGGAACCUCGGCGUUAGCUGGGCUGCCGUUCCCUCCAGCUUGUGUUUCCUGAUUUGAAGUCUUAAUGGUUUACGCAUUCAAAGUAUCAAACAACUGCUUUAUUGCCACUUUGGAAAUCAUUUCCCGUUUUGUUUAAGUUCCAAUAAGACAUAUUAGUUAUCGUGUCAAAGUACUUAAUUAAGUUCACGAUGUAGUGUUAUAAGCUGCACGUUAGAUAUUCUUUAUAAUCUUUUAGUUUGCGUUCGCUGUAUUUUUCGAGGAAGGGUUGCGGGGUGCCCGCCGGAGGACCAUCAUGACCUACUAACUAUGCACUGCUACUUCUUGAUAUACUCGUAGGAUGACUUCCUUCGUAGCCUGGUCCUGUAUUUCUGUCAGUGUUGUGCAUGUCUUGUGAACAUGAGUAAAUAAUUAUAUAAUGAAGCGUUACUAUAAAUCAUUAUCUAAGGUUAGAAAGUUUAUAGAAAACGUGAAUCGGGAAGCCCGUCUGAAUUAUUUAUUUGUCACUUUCCUCUUUCAAUGUAAGAAAAGUGAGAAGCCUUGCUGUAAAUUUCUGUUUCCUAGAAAAAAAAUGUAUCCAUAACAUCUCCUAGUAUUUUUCACUCAGCUUUCCCCUUUCACUCCCUACUCUCCAGUUUACCAAAGCUAACACUAGUUGAUAGGAACUAGCGACAAGGUGUGUUCUGUGGGUUUCCCGUUGUAUGACCUUUCCUUUCCUAUGAGAGUUUUAGUUACACCUAAUUCUAAUUCUUAGAAUCAAGCAACACUUUCUCUGUCACUCUCAUGCUUCCUGAAGAUACACUAAUUUUGCAACAAAAGAAUGUCUUGGGUCGCUGAGGUGGGCCACACAGGCCUUAGGCGCCACAGCCGGGCGGGUUGUGACGGAUAACUGCAUCCUUAUUUUUGUAACACUGACUAGUGAGUGUUCUCCACUCCGGGCGAACAUCAACAUGGCCUUUUUUGUGUAGGAUUCAUUGUCAAUGAUUUAUAACACUUAGGUUUUAUGAGAUUGUAGUUGGAGAUCAAAUUGUAUUAUUUUACUUUGUUUGAUAUGAAAGAAAUAGUUUUGGUAAUAUCAUUAGGAAAUGACAGUUAUAGAUGUAUUAUACAGAUGCAUUUGUAGUUAUUGACAUUUUUGAAACAAGAGUUCAAGAGAACUGCCCAGAAACAUAUCCAGAGCAAGCCACCCUCGCCCCUGUUUUCUGUAAGUUACUCGAGAAAAAGAUGUAAACAAUUGAGAAUUGAGCAUGAGUUCUUAUCAUUGUUAUGGGUAGUGCAGUCUUCUUUAGGUAGUUUUACCGAUGUUGAAAAUACCUGUGAUGUGAACAGUUAGUUGGUAAAUCAUCCCUUUGUUUAUUUCUGCUCACGGAGCAAGCCCGCCACUCCCUUUGCAGUCACACUAUUGUAAUAAAUAAGAUACAGAGGA